UGCCCACAGCUUCUCUGCAUAAGGUAAUCACUGGGUGAAGUCAGGAGGAGGACUCAGAAAGAAGCUCCUGGCCUGAUUCAACUUCUGUACAAUAAUCAGAUUUCAUACGGAUUUACCUGCUGAGCUGAAUAUAUAGAAGUCUGGGUUCAUGCCGGAUUUCGAGCAUUUUAGAUUUUCCUAUUCAAGCAUGAAUCCGGUCCUGGGGGAUAAUGGUUUCCUGGCCCCGCAGCAGCACCACCACCAGAUCACUGGCCAAACUGACUUCACCAUCCCAGAGCCUGGCUACUUCCUAGGAGACCGCGGCGGGUUCGGACCUGAUGGGUUCACCGGGCUGGACCUUGGUGCCUUCUCGCCAUCUGGGUUUGCAUACCUGCACCAAGUGCCCCCAGUGGCCACAGCGCUGCGCAACGACCUAGGCUCCAACAUCAGCGUCCUAAAGACCCUGAAUCUGCGUUUUCGCUGCUUUUUGGCUAAAGUGCAUGAGCUGGAGCGCAGGAACAAGGUGUUGGAGAAGCAGCUGCAGCAGGCUUUGGAGGGCAGCUGUGCAGGGGAUGGCCAUCCAAAGCCAUUCACCAAAGACAUGGGGGUCCAGACAGCAUUUAUUGGUCCUGUUCCAGGCAGACCAGGCCUCAUUCCACUUCACAAUGCCAACAACUCUGCCUACCUGCCCAGUGGUCUCCUCUCUCCAACCCUGAACCCUCCUCCUCUCUUUGACAACACAUACCUGCUGGGGAACAGCCCCAACCCAAUCACAGUCUCCAUGGAUUCAAACUCCAACCUCACCACGUCCGGUUUCUCCAUCAGCCCGGCUCUGAGCCCCAGUGACCUGCCCAAGACCUUCACAAACAUCAACGAGAAAUACACAGCUCAUACUGGGACAAACACCAGCAACACAGCCCCUGCUCCACCACGCUUCCUCCCAGGAACGAUCUGGUCCUUCAACCAUACCCGCCGGUGUAGCACUGGCAGGGAGUCAUGCGUCACAGGGCCCGGGGUCUCUUGGACGCACCCGGAUGGUGUCGGAGUCCAGAUUGACACCAUCACGCCCGAGAUCAGG